AAACAGAAAAUCGCAAGGACGAACAAGAAGAACGACACAGAGUGACAGAAACAAAGGUUGUUGGAAAACCCAGAAGCAGAAGCAGAAGCAAAGUAGGGAACAACAAACACUAGCAGAAUCGAUCGAGGUUCGGUUACGCUUUUGGUCUUGAUGGUGUCGGUGAACCCUAAUCCAGCUCAAGGCUUUUACUUCUUCGAUCCUUCCAAUAUGGCACUUCCCGGCGUCAAUCCCCUUCCUCCGCCACUACCGCCACCUCCUGCUCCCGCCGCCGCAUCCUCCGCCGCUGAGGAUCCGACUAAGAAGAUCCGAAAACCCUACACGAUUACUAAGUCCAGGGAGAGCUGGACCGAGCAGGAGCACGACAAGUUUCUAGAAGCUCUUCAAUUAUUUGAUCGUGACUGGAAAAAGAUUGAAGCGUUUGUUGGUUCAAAAACAGUUAUCCAGAUACGAAGUCAUGCACAGAAGUAUUUUCUUAAAGUUCAGAAGAAUGGAACAAGCGAACAUGUACCUCCUCCGAGGCCAAAAAGAAAAGCUGCUCACCCGUACCCUCAAAAAGCUCCUAAGAGUGCUCAUACUGUUUCACAAGCUACGGGCUCAUUGCAAUCUUCAUCUGCUUUCAUUGAACCUGCAUACAUAUAUAGCCCCGAUUCUUCAUCUGUGCUCGGAACACCAGUUACUACCAUGCCGUUAUCAUCUUGGAAUUAUAGUGCUCCACCACCUGUCAAUGUGCCACAAGUGACUCGAGAUGACAUGGGAUUGACUGGAGCUGGACAAGCUGUUCCUCAUAAUUGUUGCUAUAGCAGUAGUAAUGAGAGCACCCCUCCGGCUUGGCCAAGUAACAAAAGAAUUAAUCAAGGUGACCAGGCCAAGCCAAUUAAAGUAAUGCCAGAUUUUGCACAAGUCUACAGCUUCAUUGGCAGUGUAUUUGAUCCAAAUUCAAGUAAUCACCUGCAGAGACUAAGAUUGAUGGACCCAAUAAAUGUGGAAACGGUAUUGUUGUUGGUUAGAAAUCUCUCCAUCAAUUUAAUGAGUCCUGAAUUUGAGGAUCAUAAGAAGCUGCUUUCGUCCUAUGUUGCUGACUCCGAUAAGUCAAAGUUUGCCAAUAUUAGCAGCAAAUCCCUCACUGAUAAAUCUGAGAGUGCUGUUCUGUCUGCAUAGGAUGAAAGAUCUCAACAUAUUUUCUGAAUGCUCAUAAAGUGGGAGCAAGCAAGAGAAAGGACAAAGGGUUUUUUUGCUAAAAGAAAAUGUAGCUUCUAGCUGCUUGCAUGUAUAUAGAACACACACACACACACAUAUAUAUAUAUAAGUAUACCUUUUGGAUUGAGUUUUUUUUUUUUAGGCACUAUUAGAUCGUAGAUACUGGAUAUGGUGGUGUUUUGUGUAUAUCUUUUGAAGAUGAUUGUCGUUGGAAUGCAGGACAAUGAGAGUCCUGUUAGGUCACUUCUGGAGGCUAUGCUGUACAGUCUGUUGAGUGCUUUUGUGUGUUAUGCUGUGAAACUUAGGAUAAGUACACAGAGCAGUGUUAGGACUUAGGGGGUGCCGUUUGCGUUGUACAUAAAUCAAUAAAACAGUGUAGAUAAGUUUUCUCUUUUUCGUGCAUAUGUAUUAUAAUUAUAAAACCUACUUGCUACCUGAUCUCAACAUAAACCUCUCCUGAUAUC